GGCCUUCUAGCUACUCCCCCUGAUGAGAGGUGAAACAAACAGUAAACUAUGGAAGAACACAGCAAACUAAAUAUAUACACUUUAUAGAGUGAGCAAUUAAAGAAUACAACUGCAAAUGGAAUUCGAAACUACUUUAAACUGGACCUACAUGAUAUUUUAACUUUUUAUGAAUUUAGAUUUUGCUUUUGGUCAGAUUUUGAAACAAACAGGGUGAAGGGGACAUUUUUGAAUGCACUAUAUUGUGUCACCUACAAGUGAGAUUUCAUGUUAGAAUGCAGACACUGCUGUUGCUGUACCAGCCUUCACGUUGUGCACUCUUAACCUUGGCUGUGUCGCAACUGAAUGAGGUCAAGCCUAAAUAUAGCAGUGGAUUCAUUUACACCAAAACACAUUGAGCAAGUCACAAUUCUCUUAGUACAUCGUUGCAUAUGGUGUUAAUGUAAUUGAUUACGUAUUUGAAAGCUAUGGAUACAGUUGAUGAAAUGGAUGAAGACCAACUUACAGAAUAUGCAAUUCAGCUGAGCAUCCAAGAGUCAAUUCAAGCUAGCAAAAAUCCACCCCCUGCAUAUAGAGACAGUUUGGCAUCAGUUAGUGAGGAAAACCGAAGGAUUGUAUCAGCUAUAGAGCUAGGUGAAAUAUUUCUCCUCCAGCAGCUGUCUAAAUGCACGCUUGCCUUUGGGGAAGCAGAUGAAAGGGGGUGGCUUCCCCUGCACAAGGCUGCAGUCCAGCCAAUAGACCAAGUGCUGGAGAUCGUUCUUGAUGCUUCCAGUCUGAUUAAUUUGGAACAGGCAACAUUAGAUGGAGAGACAGCUCUUACUCUGGCUGCUCAGGGGGGACAUGAUGGAAAUGUAAAGGCACUCCUUGAGAAGGGGGCUUCACCUUACACCACGAACAGCAAGCAAGAAUCUCCUCUUCUUCUCGCUGUAAGGCAUGGCUCCUAUGACAUGGUGUUGAACCUGAUCAAAAACGAGGCCCCAGUGGAUCAGUUUUGUAUUAAACGAUGGACAGCAAUGCACGAGGCAGCCAAGCUGGGUCUGAGCAACAUUGUGAGGCUCUUAAUAAGAAGCGGUGGGAAUGUUAAUGAAAAAGAUGCUUAUGGAGUAACGCCAUUAGCAACAGCAGCUGAAUAUGGCCGGACAGACGCGCUGGAGCUUCUAAUUCUUAAAGGGGGCAAUAUUCAUGCUACAGCUGAUGAUGGAGCAACUGUGUUGUUUGAUGCAGCUGGAGGGGGGAAUCCUGAUUGUGUCGAAGUGCUCUUAGAAUAUGGUGCAAGUGCCAAUAUGCCCAACAUAUCUGGUCACCUACCAAUUCAUAGAGCAGCAUAUUUAGGUCAUUACCUGGUACUGAAAACUCUAAUCCCGAUAACUUCUAAAAGUGCCAUUAAAAAAAGUGGCUUAAGUCCUAUGCAUUCAGCAGCAGAUGGAGGCAGUGUACAGUGCCUUCAACUACUCAUAGAAAAUGGCUUUGAUGUGAACGUGCUGCUCGCCCAAUACGUAGCUGAGAUCUAUGAAGAUGGUCGCAAAUCCCCAUUGUAUUUUGCCGUGUCUAAUGCAGAUGUUACAUGCACUGAGCUGCUGCUUAAAUAUGGUGCAGACCCAAACAAUGAUCCCUUAAACUGCUUCCUUGUGGCAGUCCGUGCAAGGAGCUAUGAAAUUGUGAAAUUACUCCUGGCUCAUGGUGCUGAUGUCAAUUGUUGGUUUAUGGUAGUGAAUGACACACACUUCCCUACUGCCAUCCAGUACUGCUUGAAAGAUGAAAUGAUGAUGCGACUUUUGCUGAAUAAUGGCUAUGAUGCCAAGUUGUGCUUUGACUGUAUGCACGGUGACAGCUCAGGAACUUCCUUUGCAUGGAGACAUCUGGAGACAGGGUGGACCACCUGUGUGAACAAGGAUACGCCACACAACAACAUUUCCUGUCAACAGAAUCUGCUUCACUCCGAAAAGUUCUGUGACUUUAUCACUUUGAGCUGGCUGACUGACGUGGCUGGAAAAGUAGUCCGAAUUCUUCUGGAUUAUAUGGACUUUGUUCCAAUAUGUUCUAAAUUGAAGCCUUGCCUGGAGAAGCAAAAAGAAUGGCCAGAGAUUUGUGAGAUACUCGAGAACCCACGCCCACUGAAGCACUUGUGCAGGCUGGUAAUACGCAGACAAAUGAAGCUAUAUCGCCUACAGAACCAACACUUCAUGGACUUGCUGCCCCUUCCACCCAUUCUUAAACAUUAUAUCUUGUACAGGGAGUAUGAUUUAUAUGGAAAAGGCAUUAACAUGAAAUGAGUAUUGACCCUUUUUUAUGACCUUCCAUACAGGUAUAUUUUCACUGCCUGUACAUUCAUUUUGAACAUUGCUCAAUAAUAAUUUCAAAAAUAGCAAAACCAUUUUUUAAGCUUGCACACAUGUUAGCGUUUAUGUAUAGUGUUUAUAGUAUUAAAAAAAAUACUGAUACAAUAUAACAGAAAGUUAUAGAAGUCAUUACUUUUUUUUAAAUUUCAUUGGCCUGCAUUUUCCACAAUGGGCAACAGACAAAUUACUAGUAAAUUAAUAAAGUGAGCAAUUUGCACACAGUAGAACCCUGAAUCUUAGUUGUAUCUGCAAAUGUGUGCAUUUACAGACCAGCACUAUCCACAUACAAUAUGACAUGAAUUGUUGGUAAUACAUAUCUCUUGUGCAAAAGUUGAGACACUAACAUAGCACCACAGUUUCCAUACUGAAUUAAGUUACAGUAUAUAAAGAAUCAAUACAAUUUCAGAAUAUAUUUUGUUUUAAAUGUAUUUAGACUUAAAAUAACUUGUGCAGCAUAUUGUUUGGUAAUUGGCAGCCCAGUUUCCCUGCGCCUCAAAUGUUUACUCGAGUAUCAAAAGCAUGAGUCAUCAUAGAGUGCUCUCAUUUGCUUGGUUUGCCACUUGCUGUGGGUGAGUCGCAGCUUUCAAGGACAACAUUGUUAAGUAAAUAUAGAACAAUAUUAAUCCAGAACUAUGUAGGAAUACAUUGAUUUCAGUAGGCCCACAGACAGCCUUUUAUCUGUAUCCACAGACACAUGGGUGUAUAUACUGUACAGUACAAAGGCACAAUAAACUUUCCUAUAAACUUUAUUUUGGCUGUUAACAGAUAUUGUAAAUUAGUUUCAGUUUUAUUUCACUGUUUCAAUUUGGAUCUUUGUCUUUGAAUCAGAAUAGAAUAAAAUGAAGACACCUGGA